AUGGCCGACAAGACAUCUAUAAAUGUCGUAGGUGUGAUGCCGGCUGUCGAGAAACCCUUUGUUGUGAAGUCUUCUCUGAUGGGUGUUAAAAUAGAUGACAAACGACGCGUCAUAUCAGCUCUGAGCAGACGAGACUCACAGACGAGACCCGUUCACGGGGCAGCCAUCUUGGAUACACCGGACACAUUUUUCAUCAACUACGACAACAUGUACAUUGUUGCAGCCGUCGUGCUGUCCAGCUUGGCUGUGGCGUGUUCUGCAAUACGAGCAGCUCCAGGAACCUAUAUCUGUGAGACUGGUGACAAGUGUAAGGGGUCGAAGAACAUCGGGACCGUGCACGGCGUCGAGUAUUGCUGUAGUGCCGGGGACUCCAUGAGUCUUCACACGGAUAACGUCACUGGGUUCGCUAAGACGUGGUGUCACUGCGGUCCAUCUCUUCCACACCAAUGUAGCACCAACGAAAUGUGUCGUGGUCCUGGAGUCCGUGGCGGGUUCAGCGUCAUCAACAACAACGUCUACUGUUGCCGCAAUGGCCACGGCAUGAGCAUCUCCAGCAUGUGGUACAACGGCAGCGAGAAGAUAGAGUGUUACUGCGGCUCUGCCGUCACGGCAGUCGACAGCAAAAUGUUCGGCGUCAACUUGGAUCAGAUGAUGUGGGACCUCGACUACAGUCUCAACAACAUGUGGGGCAACUUCAACAACGCCAUGUACAACCUCGGGCGGUCUUUCAGCAACAUGUUCAGAUUCUAGACACGAGAAGAGAGAGAAGAGUGUAGAAAUAAGGAUAGUGUAGAAUUGAAGUCUUGACAUCAUAAUUCAUUAAAACAAAAUUGAAAAUA